GACAGAAAGAAGCAGGGAAUUAGUCAUCAAACAAAAUUUAAAACGAAAUUCCCAUAAAAUUCAACAAAGCUCCACCAAUUUCGGUCCCUAAGCCAAUUUAACCUCUAAAAUGAAUCGCCUUUUUGGACGCGGUAAGCCCAAGGAGCCGGGACCAAGCCUAAACGACUGCAUUUCGGGCGUCGAUGCUCGGGCCAACAACAUCGAUGAGAAGAUCAAUAAGCUGGAGACGGAGCUGCGCAAAUACCGCGAGCAAAUGUCCAAGAUGCGCGAGGGACCAGCCAAGAACUCCGUCAAACAAAAGGCCCUGCGGGUGCUUAAACAAAAGAAAGCUUACGAACAGCAGUCUGAAUCUCUACGCAACCAGUCGUUCAACAUGGAACAGGCCAACUAUGCCGCGCAAUCACUCAAGGAUACUCAGGCCACAGUGGCGGCCAUGAAGGAUGGCGUCAAGCAGAUGAAGACCGAAUACAAAAAGAUCAACAUUGAUCAAAUCGAGGACAUCCAAGAUGACAUGGCCGACAUGUUCGAGCAGGCGGAUGAGGUGCAGGAGGCCCUGGGCCGCACCUACGGCAUGCCCGAGGUGGAUGAUGAUGACUUGCAGGCAGAGCUGGAUGCCUUGGGCGACGAAAUGGCAUUGGAUGAUGAUUCCAGCUAUUUGGACGAUGUGGUCAAGGCACCCGAGGCCCCGAGUCGAGAGCCAGGCGCCGACAGCAUCGUGCCGACAAAGACUGCCACUGGCAUAGAGACGGACGAGUAUGGUUUGCCCAAGAUUCCAACAUCGCUGAAGACCACAUAGAGAAGGAGCCGCGCGCGUCACUCAAUUUUCCAUACACUUUCAGGCACGCUUUGUAUGUUAUAUAUAGAGAAUAUGGUUCCAUCAAAGAUUUCACUUAAGUUUCGCGUUUUUAUGCAUUUUAUGUUUUUGUUUCAAUAAAUAGCCGGUAAAAAA